CUCUCACAGACACUCACACACAAACUUUUACUCUCACAUACUCUGUCCAUCGUCCUUUAAUUCUCAUACAUGUCAGGUGUUUGAAGCUGUAACCAUGGCAGAUAUACAGGAUGAAACCAACAAACUCAGCUUCUGGAUGCCAGGUAACUACAUCCAUACAGUGCACAGGACUAAAGAUUCAUUCCAGGUUUGUGAUGUCAUUGUGGACUGUUUUAAAGACCGGGCUCAAAUAGAGAAACAUUACGCUCAACAACUUACUGAGUGGAGCAAGAAAUGGAAAAAAAUAACUGACUCCAUGCCAAUGUAUGGUUCCCUCUUGAAAGCAUGGCAGUGCUUUUUCUCCUCCACCGAGCAUCUGUCUGUUUUGCACGCAUCUAUCUCUCACUCCCUUAUUUCAGAAGAUGGGCAGCAUAUUCGUUCCUGGCAGAAGGACGCAUUUAAGAGGAAGAUGUUUUGUGGUUUUCGUGAGUCACGGAAUCUGAAGCGAGAGUUUGGACGUGCUCAGAAGCCCUGGAUCAAAAAACUUAAGAAGCUAGAGAAAGCACGGCGGGCCUAUCAUAAAUCAUGUCAGAAGGAGCAGAAUAUAUUGAAUAAAGAAUGCCAGAUCAGAGACAACGUCAACAGAAAUGAACACACACUCAACAAAAUCCAUCAGGCCAAGAAGACAGCGGAACAGGACAGAGAACAUGCACGUGAACACUAUGUGAAGGUUCUGGAUGAUCUGAUUGGCUACACUCCACGUUACAUGGAGGAAAUGGAAUCAGUAUUUGAUCAAUCACAGGAACAGGAAAAAAACAGAAUCAGCUUUCUAAAAAACAUUCUGUUAUCCAUACACACACAUCUGGACAUCACCAACAAUCACAGUGUGAAGGCUGUGCACAGUGACCUUUUACACACACUUAUGUCAAUUAAUGAGCAGGAAGAUUUGCAGUGGUGGAGAAACAAUCACGGCCCAGGAAUGAACACACACUGGCCCACACUGCAGGAGUGGGUUCCUCCAUGUAAGAAGCAGAAACAUAUAAAGAAACCAUAUCCACAGACUGAGCAGGCAAAAAGUGUAAUGAUUGGAGGAGUGCGCGUUCGAGCUCUGUAUACCUACAUUGGGGAGGAUGAGGAUGAGCUGUCAUUUACAGCAGGCGAAGAGUUUCUUAAGGUGGAGGACGAAGACGACCAGGGCUGGUCUCGUGGAGUUAAAGAAGGAGGAGUAGAAGGCUAUUAUCCAGCCAAUUAUGUUCUGCCAGUACAGUGACAUCAUCACCAGUUACUGUAAAAACUGUUAGUGUGCAUUAGUGAGUCUUAUUAGGUUAUCAUCAUCUGUAAGCACACAAUUACAAACACACACACAAUUAACAAUAAACAACAAUUUAUCCUAAUCAUUAUUAUCAUCAUUUAUAUACAGUGCGCUUUGAAAAUUAAGAUUUUUUUCAAAUUCUCAGUGAAUAGGAAAACAAUUUGCUGAAUUUUUAUAGUUUUAUUAAACAUUUAAUGUAUAUUAACGAGUGUGGACACCUUAGAGUAUCUUUAGAAUAAGAUAAACAAUACAUUUAAUUCAAAUGAGGUGUUGCAAAAAUGAUUACACCCUACAACAUAUUUCACUAAAUCUAAUAUUUUGUAUGCACUCUUUGAUUUUUAAGAACAGCACCAAUUCUUCUAGAUAUUGAAUGAACAAGUUAAUGACAUACAAUUAUUCAAUUAUACAAUCAAUUAUUCUGUGGCCACCAGUGUGUUGACUGAUUACACUCAUCUGUUGGUGAAUUACUGUUAAUUACAAAUCAAUUUUAUGCUUUCUCCUAACACAUUCAUUGUGGUGUACUCAUUUUGCACCUAAUGAUCCUAAAUUAUUUUGUAAGAAUAAUUGUAAUUUUGCCAUUGGUGCUAACUAAUCUCAUUUAAAACAAAUUAACCAGAUCUGCACAAAUAUGACUUUGCAAAGAAUCUCAUAGAAAGUAUUAUUUUCAAAGCAAGAUGGGUGUUUAUCUAACCCAUUCUUUUGCACAUUUAUUACAAUUUAAUGUUUCAGAUCAUCAAACAAAUUUUUUUUGUCACACCCAGGUCUGAUUAAUGCCACACCUGUUCGCAAUCAAGAAAUCACUUAAAUAAGACCUGACUGACAAAGUGAAGUAGACCAAAAUAUUCUCAGUAGCUACACAUUAUACCGACAUCUAAGGAAAUUCAGGAACAAAUGAGAAAGUACGUAAUUCAGAUAUAUCAGUCUGGAAAAGGUUAUAAAGCCAUUUCUAAAGCUUUGGGACUCCAGCGAACCACAGUAAGAGGCAUUACAGAAAAGUGGUGAACCUUCCCAGGAGUGGUCGGCCAACCAAAAUUACCCCAAGAGCGCAGCAAUGACUCAUCCAAGACAUCACAAAAGACCUCACAACAACAUCCAAAGAACUGCAGGCCUCACUUGCCUCGGUUAAGGUCAGUGUUUAUGACUCCACCAUAAAAAAGAAACUGGGCAAAAAUGGCCUGCAUGGCAGAGUUCCAAGACAAAAACCACUGCUGAGCAAAAGGAACAUAAAGGCUUGUCUCAGAUUUGCCAGAAAACAUCUUCAUGAUCCCUAAGAAUUUUGGGAAAAUACUUUGUGGACUGACGAGACAAAAGUUGAACAUUUUGGAAGGUGUGUGUCCUAUUACAUCUGGCGUAAAGGUAACACUGCAUUUCAGAAAAAGAACAUCACACCAGCAGUAAAAUAUGGUGGUAGUAGUGUGAUGGUCUGGGCUGUUUUGCUGCUUCAAGACCUGGAAGACUUGCUGUGAUAAAUGGAACCAUGAAUUCUGCUGUCUACCAAAAAAAUCCUGAAGGAUAAUGUGCGGCCAUCUGUUUGUGACCUCAAGCUGAAGGAAACUUGGGUUGUGCACCAGGACAAUGAUCCAAAACACACUAGUAAGUCCACCUCUGAAUGGCUGAAGAAAAACAAAACAAAGACUUUGGAGUGGCCGAGUCAAAGUCCUGACCUGAGUCCUAUUGAGAUGCUGUGGAAUGACCUUGAAAACGUGUUUCAUGCUCGAAAACCCUCCAAUGUGGCUGAAUUACAAUUCUACAAAGAUGAGUGAACCAAAAUUCCUCUACAGUGCUGUAAUAGACUCACUGCAAGUUAUUGCAACCGCUUGAUUGCAGUUCUUGCUGCUAAGGGUGGCCCAACCAGUUAUCUGGUUUAGGGGCAAGCACUUUUUCACACAGGGCCAUGUUUUCUCUUAAUAAUAAAAACCUUCAUUUAAAAACUGCAUGUUGUGUUUACUUGUGUUAUCUUCGACUAAUAUUUAAAUUUGUUUGAUCUAAAACAUUUAAGUGUGAGAAAUUAAAAAAACAGGAACGGGCAAACACACACACAUAUAUAUAUAUAUGAAAUGAGAGAGAGAGAUUAGAAAUUCUUGCUGCCCCCUGUUGGAGAAAAUUAACAGUUGAACAUGUGCUAAUCUGAAGUAGUGGCAAGAUGUUUAAAUUUCUCAUGAAAUUACAUCAUUUCUUACUGUGCCUUUCUUCUGUUAAAAUAAUAAACUCAACUCAGAAUACUCCUCCACCUCUACUCAACUUUACCCAAUCCCUCUUCCUUCACACACAACUCUGGGGCCAUAUUCUGAAUUUCUCAUGCCUAAAUCGCUUAAACUAGCAGUUAUUAAACCCCUGAUAAAAAACCUGACCUCAACCCUUCUCAGUCCAACUACAGGCCAGUGAU